AUGGGAAGAUCUCUUCCUUCCCCAGUUCCUUGCAGGGUUUGUGGAGACAGAUCGUACGGCAAACAUUACGGCGUCUAUUGUUGUGACGGAUGUUCCUGCUUCUUUAAACGCAGUGUGAGGCGAAACGUUUUAUACACCUGCAUUUCCGGUGAAGGGAGAUGUAUAAUUGACAAAGCUCGCAGGAAUUGGUGCCCUUACUGUCGCCUGCAGCGGUGCUUUUCCGUCCAAAUGAACGUCGCAGCUGUACAAGAAGAGAGAGGGCCACGAAAACAGGCAGUGCGUUUACGAAGAUCACCACGACGACAGAAACCUUCUCCUACUUCACCUUCAACUCUUCAAUGUCGGAGGCAACUUUCGCACGAAAUGGCGGCACAGGUCCUGCUGAUUUCCAUCAAACAAGCCAGAUGCAACGCAGGUUUCGGCCUCCUCAACCGAUUAUCACAGAACAUAAUUCUAAGCCACCUCUGGGCUCCCCUGUUCAUUUUAAGGUUGUCUUACUGGCCAGUGGACACCAGCAACGUAUUACCCACCCACAGAAAGUCCCUGCAAAAAUUGCAGGACCUAAAACUGGACCUGACCGAAUUAGAGCUGGUGGAGAACUUGGUUUUGUGCCGUGCGGACUUGCUGGACGACAAGGAGCAAAUAACCCUUGCUGAAAAUGUGCGAGAGAAAGCUUUGGAAGAGCUUUUCCUGAAAACGUUUGAUAACAAAAGGUUGCUGCAUAUUUUAUUAAGUGUGCCGCACUUGUUUAAUCCCACCGCUCAUGAAUUGUACUUGGCUUUGUUUAAACCUGUAAUUGGCAGUGUCCCUAUUGAGACUGUUAUUUCCACAAUCUGA